AUGGGCCGCGCAUCAGCAACUCUUUUUUCAGUCGCGCUUGCCAUUUGCAGCACUGUGCUGGCAGUCGGCACGAAUGCCAAUGCGGCCAACAGCCGAAUGUCAUCGGAUUCAUCCCUGCAAGCGGGAGAGGCCACUGCACGGACGGGUUUGCGAUCCUCGCAUUCGGUGAUCCUGAAGCGUGCCAACAUUUCGGCAUCCGAGAAAAUGCAGCACAUCAAGGCCGCCAUGAAGGGCACGAACGAUGCCUUCAGCCGCGUUGUCCACAAGACAGCGUAUUACGGUAACAUCCACAUUAGCAAGCCGGCGCAGACCAUAACUGUCGUGUUCGACACAGGCAGUGGUAACCUGAUGGUCCCAUCCACACUAUGCACGGACAGCGCCUGCCAAAGGCACAAGCGUUUCGAUCCUUCCUUGUCCAAGACCGUGGUGAAUAUGCAGUCGAACGGACAGCCGGCUGGCGCUUUCGAGUCGCGGGACCAGCUAACCGUCACAUUCGGCACAGGGGAGAUCACGGGCGUCUUCUUGAAAGAUGAUGUUUGCAUCGGCAAUCUCUGCGCGAACAUGGAGUUCAUCGGUGCUUCCCACGAAACCGAGGAGCCCUUUGGGUCCUUCAACUUCGAUGGGGUCCUGGGCCUGGCUCUGUCUGGAAUGACCCAGGGCCCCAACUUCAGCCUCAUGAACCGCAUGGAAGCCGCGGGCAACCUGAAGCAUGCUUUGUUCUCCGUGUUCUUGUCGGAUUCGGAUGACGAGGACUCUGAGAUCACGUUCGGCGACAUCAAGCAGGAGCGCAUGGUUGGCCAGAUGUUUUGGGUGCCGGUCUCCAGGCACACCGGCUACUGGCAGGUGCAAAUGGAGGACAUCGCUUUCAACAACGAAAGGCAGAGUCUGUGCUCAGACUGCCAGGUGGCAGUGGACACCGGCACCUCGAUGUUGGCAGGACCUAGCCACGUGAUUGAU